AUGGACACCCCUCGCCACACUCCCGAGCCUGACGACCGAGGCCCCCGACCAGACAUCGAUGCCAUCAUCAACACCACCACCCGGUACCAGCCGCAGUUGCUGGACCCGCUUGUCGCCCCCUACCGCCACGUGAGCCUGCUGGCGCUGAACAACCAGAACGUCCGCACCCGCUUCCUCCAGGCGUUCAACGUGAUCUACGCUAUCGACAGCAGCCAGGUGCUUGCCGAGAUCGGCACCAUCAUCCAGAUGUUCCACGACUCGCUGUUGUUGAUCGACGACAUCGAGGACGACCUGGUGUACCGGCGGGGCAAGCUUGCCGCCCACCGUCAGUACGGGAUGCCGUUGACCCUCAACUGCGGCAACCUCAUGUACUUUGUCGCCCUCCAGCGGGCUCAGGAUCAGCUUCUCCAGCUUGUUAAAGACGCUGGUGGUGCUGGUGACCCCCAAGCACUUAAGCUUCGCAUCAAUGACAUCAUCAUUGGGGAAAUGCUUAACUUGCACCGAGGACAAGGUCUCGACAUCUACUGGAGAGAUAACCUUCACCAGCUUCGCCAGCAGUUGCCGCUGAUCGACGACUACCUCGAAAUGGUCAAGCACAAGACCGGGGGGCUUUUCCGCCUCUCGCUCCAGCUCAUGGCGUUGGUGUCACUGCAAUUCAACGACGACUUGAUGGCGAUCGCCAAUCUUCUUGGCGUCAUCUACCAGAUCCGCGACGAUUAUAUGAAUGUCAAUCUGCAACAGUACGCCGACAGCAAGGGGAUGGCGGGCGAGGACUUAUUGGAAGGGAAGCUCCUGCUUCCAAUUCUCUGGUGUUUACAACACGCCGACGCCAGCCCCGUCCACGACAUCCUCUUCCAGUAUACCCUGGCCAGUGACCGGCGGAAGCACAUGCACCUCGUCGGGGCUGCUUGCGACUAUCUUGCCAGUUGCGGGGCCAUGGAUUUCACGGCGUCGCUUAUGGUUGAGUACCGCGACAAAGUACUCGAUCUUUUGCAGUCAUACUUGACGGUGUCCGGGUCGAAGCUCGAGUCGAUAAUCCUCGCGCUUACGCAAAUGUAA